AUAAGAAAAUUGGAAAUUCCCCCAAAAUAAAGGUUAGAUGCAAAUUGGGGGCGAUGUAUGGAUUACCGUGCGGAUGGGUUUAUCCAAUUUGUAGGGGCCAAACUUUCUCCUUUAGGUGAACCGCUAGCGAUAGAACGGUGGUUGUCGGGGGGCGAUGCUGAAGAAAUCCUAGGAGUGCUGGAUUCCAAAACCCACGGAGGACGGGAAUUUAUAGGCUGAUCAGUUGCAUAUAGCAAACUCAGAGAAUGUGCACUACGAUUUGGUCUUCACCAUUAGUGUCAGAAUUUUGGAGAGAGAAGAUGGAUCGAGGAGGAAACGGAUGGUCGCUGUCUUCGUAUACUUACGGCUAUACCCUGGUUGUCGUAGUGAUCAUACUGACAUGUCAUUUACUGAACUCUCUCCUUCCAUUUGCCUCGUCUUUCCUAUCUGUCUUCGGAUUUGGAGAACGAUCUGCUGCGCAUCCACAUGCCGAAUCCAAUGGUCAUCCUGAUGUCUCUCCCUCUGCUCCUUCUGAUGUCAGGAUCACUACAGUGAUAUCUGAUCUAGAUCUGAAGAAUUUGAUUGACGCCAUAACUAAGAAAUUUCAAGCUAAUGAGAAAUGGGAAGAUGUCAUUAACCGGAGAACAGAUCGUCUUUCCUACUGUGCAUGGUGUUGUAAACCGAAGGAUGCUCCUCUUAAAUAUCUAAGUGUCACUGUAUUUGAGAAUUGCUCUGUAGAGAUGCUAAGAGAUUUUUACAUGGACAAUGAUUUCCGGAAAAUGUGGGACAAAACCUUGAUUGAGCAUAAGCAGUUGCAGGUGGAUUCAAGCAGUGGAACUGAAAUUGGACUCAUGAUAAAAAAGUUUCCACUAUUGACUCCCAGAGAGUACAUAUUAGCUUGGAGAGUGUGGGAAGGCAAUGAUGAAUCCUUCUACUGUUUUACCAAGGAAUGUGAAUAUCCUUUGGCACAAAGAAGGAAGAAGUAUGUCAGGGUUAGGCUCUUUAGAUCUGGUUGGAGAAUCAAGAAAGUUUCUGGUAGGAAUGCCUGUGAGAUCCAAAUGGUACACCAAGAAGAUGCUGGUCUUAACGUUGAAAUGGCAAAACUAGCCUUUGCAAAGGGCAUAUGGAGCUAUGUCUGUAAAAUGGAUGAUGCACUUCGCCAAUACUCUGCCCUUGACCAUUCUCGAUUGACUUCAGGUGUGAGUGCCGUCACGUUAAUUCAAAAGGUUCCACUUUGGUUAGACACCUUAGACCACACAGAUAGCUUAAUCAAUUCAGAAACCUGCACAAGUAGGGACUAUUGCGGUGGAGUGUCACGUGAAUGCAAUGCUAGGGGACAAAGAAAAGAGCCAUCAAACAAUGUGGUGCCAAAUAUGCUAAUGCUCCUGGGUGGUGCAAUCUGCAUGUCUAGAGGGCUCUCUAACUUGGGAUCAAAGGUUGCCAUGGCAUGUAUCCUUAAUAAGCUUGUGAAACUCAAUGGUAUGAGAAGCAAAAGCUUACAGUGCGGCUGCUCAAGUGUCACAUCUUGAGUAGGAAUGCAGCUGUGCAUAUUUAUGUGGUUCAAUGUGGUUUCAAGAUAUAUAUGUAGUUAAUUUUUUUUGUUUUUAACUUCUCCAAUUACCUCUGUCUAGCAGUUCAGAAUCUCCCCCUUUCACUAUUUAAACAUGAAUACGUGGGAUUGGACGUCUCUGUUGCUCUAAUCUUCAUUGUUAUCAGAAGCUUUUAAGCUUGUCGUCGUUUAAUUAUGUGUUUUAUUGUAUUUAAUGUCAUAUUUACUUUAACCAUUAAUAAUGUCAUAAUUUUAUUUACUUAAUUACAA